AUGAAGGUACCAAAUUUAGGUUACUACAAUCCUCAUGAUAAGACGGUGGUGAUUGCAGAUGCAAGCCCAGUGGGUCUGGGUACAGUGUUGGUGCAAAUCAACAAGAAUGGGCCAAGAAUAAUUGCAUUUGGUAAUAAAACCCUCAGCAGCUGUGAGUGUCGUUACUGCCAAACAGAGAAGGAGGCCUUAGCCCUGGUUUGGGCAGUCGAACACUUCAACAUGUUCCUGUACGGUAAGAUGUUCGAUCUAGUAACGGAUCAUAAGCCCUUGAAGGUGAUAUUUGGCCCGAAAGCUAAACCAUGCGCUUGCAUUGAAAGGUGGGUAUUAAGGUUGCAAUCCUACAAUUUCAAGGUGAAAUAUAGUCCGGGGAAGACCAAUAUAGCCGAUCCACUAUCGAGACUCUGUGAAGUGGCAACAAACCCGACGACAUUACUUGAAGACCAUGUUCAAGCGAUUACCGAAUUGGCACGACCAGUAGCCAUUCCAUUACAAGAGAUCACUGAGAGUUCUCUUGGAGAUGCAGAGAUACAGAAGGUUAGAGAGGGUCUUUACAACGGAAACUGGGAGGAAACGGUAAAAACCUAUAAACUUUUUCAGGAUGAAUUAUGCUUUCAUAGCGAUAUUCUCCUCAGGGGGACAAAAAUUGUAAUUCCAACCAACUUACGCAGAAGAAUUCUGAAAGCUGCGCACGAAGGCCACCCGGGGAUAGUCGCGAUGAAGAGCAGAUUGAGGACCAAAGUAUGGUGGCCUAAGUGCGACAAAGAUGCUGAAAACAUAUGCAAAGCCUGUAAAAGAUGCAUCCUGGUCCCUGCUCCCAGCGCCCCAAACCGAUUAUAA